ACGGGCUCCUGGGGUCUGCCAACAGUCAAAAUGUCCAAAGGGCCUCUCGUUCUCUGGCUGCUGACUGAGCUGUGGGGGCUUUAUCUGACUCCAGCUGCAGCGCAGACUGUCGUGAGGGCAUUUGCGGGUCAGUCAGCAACCCUGCCCUGUGCGUACUCCUCGUGGAGCAGCGGCAGCAACAGCAUGUGCUGGGGCAAAGGCCCGUGUCCCAAAUCCAAAUGCACAGAGGAGCUCCUCCACACUGACGGGUGGCGGGUGACGUCAAGACGGUCGACGAAGUACGUCAUUCAGGGGGAAAUCCAGAGAGGCGAUGUCUCCUUGACAAUCUUCAACACCAAUGAAGGAGACAGCGCUGUGUACUGCUGUCGCAUAGAGGUGCCUGGCUGGUUUAAUGAUGUUAAGAAGAACAUUCGCCUGCAGAUAAGGAAAGCCCCAACGACCACCCGUCGUCCAACCACCCGUCGCCCACCCACUACCACGACCACCACCACCACCACCGCCAUGGCAACGCCCACAACCACGCUUCCAACCACCGUCAUGACUGCGCCCGACUUCACACCCAGAACACCACUUCCGACAAGAACCACCGCUGCCCUCUCAGUAAUGACGACCACAUGCCCCUUGACAACACCAAGCCCCCUUCCUGAGACAGCCAAAACUCUUCCCACUGCUGAGCCUUCCACCGCAGAGCCCAUGCUCACUGCAGAAUCAGAAACUUUUUUUCUCCCUGAGGAGACUUCUAGAGACACAUCCACAGAGUCCAAAGGUUGGAUUCUCCAGUCAACAUCCCAGGCAUUGCUGUCGAAAAGAAGAGAGCCAGGGGGUUUUUCUCAGCCAGAGGGCUCUGAGACGACAACUUUUGUGCAAGUUAAAGUUGAACAAAAACAGAUAGGCCAGGUGGACGGCUCCCCUCUGCUGAAGAUCAUCGUUUCCUCCCUGGGACUUGCGCUGUCCGUGUGCGCACUGACCGUCGCGUUUCUCUUUCGAGGGAAAGUCAUGAAAACCAACUGCUUCAACAAACACAUAAGGCUGGACAACGCUGGAGAGAGUAAGAGACACGUCCUCGACGAUGACAUACAGCAUGGAAGAGAGGAUGAAGAAGGUCUUUUCACACUAUAACACGCCGCUCUUGCUUAGGGUGGAGGACGGGCAGGACAAUGUGAAUUGUCAAAAUAAGCCUUAGAAUGUUUGUUGUUGUUGUUGUUGUUUAAAACCCAUCGAUUCCAUUGGUGUCACUGAGCUGGUCUGGCUUUAGUGAAGGUACUUCAGAGGCCACACCUCUGCCCAGGGCUUUAAUCUCCUUGGUAGCAUCACUGCUCAGUGAUGAUCUGUUGACAGGAGAGACCUGGUUCUUCUUGCUGAUGCAUGUAAAGAAUUACACAUCGGCAAAUUGUCCUUCAGAAGAAAACAGAAGUCCGGAGCUCAGCCAGGCAGGCCUCUCCCAAUUCCCAGCACCAUCAGCUGUGUCGCCGCGAUUUCCAGUUCCUAAUCUAAACCCGUGUGGCACCUUCUCAUGGCCCCCUAGCAAGAGUCCUUUCUCCCCUUUCUUUC